AUGACGGCGGUGUGCGCGCACGGAGGCAGCCUGCGGAGCCCGCACUGCGCCCGCGGAGGGCGGCGGCACAGCGUGGACAGUGGCCGUGCGGCCGCGGGCACCAAGGACGAGGAGGAGGACGAGGAGGGGGAGGAAGGGCGGCGCCACCGGCUGACGCCCUUCGAGAAGCUGACCCAGGACAUGUCCCAAGAUGAGAAGGUGGUCAGAGAGAUCACCCUGGGAAAACGGAUCGGCUUCUACCGAAUCAGAGGGGAAAUCGGAAGUGGAAACUUCUCCCAAGUCAAGCUCGGGAUUCACUCCCUAACCAAAGAAAAGGUGGCCAUUAAGAUCCUGGACAAGACCAAGUUAGACCAGAAAACCCAAAGGCUACUAUCCCGAGAAAUCUCCAGCAUGGAAAAACUGCACCAUCCCAACAUCAUCCGCCUUUACGAAGUCGUGGAGACCUUCUCUAAGCUCCACUUGGUGAUGGAGUAUGCGGGGGGUGGGGAGCUCUUUGGGAAAAUUAGCACUGAAGGGAAGCUCUCAGAGCCAGAAAGCAAGCACAUCUUCUCCCAGAUUGUAUCGGCAGUGAAGCACAUGCACGAAAACCAAAUUAUUCACCGAGAUCUAAAGGCAGAAAACGUAUUCUAUACCAGCAACGCGUGUGUGAAAGUGGGCGAUUUUGGAUUCAGCACGGUCAGCAAGAAAGGGGAGAUGCUGAACACUUUCUGUGGGUCCCCUCCCUACGCUGCGCCGGAGCUUUUCCGCGAUGAGCACUACGUGGGCGUCUACGUGGACAUCUGGGCCUUGGGCGUGCUGCUGUACUUUAUGGUGACUGGCACCAUGCCGUUCCGGGCGGAGACCGUGACCAAACUGAAGAAGAGCAUCCUGGAGGGCACCUAUAGCGUGCCUCCGCACGUGUCGGCGCCCUGCCACCGGCUCAUCCGAGGGGUCCUGCAGCCCAUUCCCACGGAGAGAUACGGGAUCGACUGCAUCAUGAGCCACGAGUGGAUGCACGGGGUGCUGUAUCCCAUCCCUUUAGAACCCUUCCAGCUGGAUCCGAAACAUUUGUCCGGAGCCAGCGUCCUCAAAGAAGAAGAAAACGAGGUCAAAAGCACUUUAGAGCACCUGGGGAUUACUGAAGAGCAAAUCCGAAAUAACGGAGGGAGGGACGCUCGCAGCGCCAUCACAGGGGUCUACCGAAUCGUUUUACAUCGAGUCCAAAGAAGAAAGGCCCUGGAAGGCGUCCCAGUCUUGAUAUUGCCAGACCCGAAAGGAAGGGACCUCAAGAAGGGGUUCCGGGUCUACCGAGGGAUUAGGCACACGUCCAAAUUCUGUUCAAUUUUAUAAAUUGCAUUAGACGCUUGGUAAUGAACCAAGAUCAUUGUGACUGCUUUUCAAUUUUUUCACAGACAACUUGAUU